UCAUGCGCAGGAGCAUCCCUCCAGAAAAUCAAUUCCAUUAAUUUCGACAUCAUCUUACAGAUCGAUCGAGGUUAGAGAUGACAAUGGCCUCCUCCAAUGGCGUGACUGCCUUCUUCUUCCUCUUCGCUCUCCUCGUUGCGACGUCUCAGGCUCAACUCGCCGCCAGCACCGACUCGUUCAUGGACGGUGCAUGCAAGACCGUCGCCGGCGGCAGUGGUGGUGACAUCAGCGUCGCGUUCUGCCGUGACGCACUCAGCUCCGACGGCCGGAGCCUAAACGCCAGUAGCUACCGGGACCUCGCCGUCGUCGCCGUCGACCUCCUCACGUCCAACGCGACGAGCACCAAGUCCAAGAUCGACAGCAUGCUGCACGACGACGGCGGCCUGAGACCCGGCGAUGCGACGACGCGGUGCCUCCAGUCGUGCCAGGAGGCGUACGCCGGCGUGCUGCAAGCUCAGCCUGGCAUCUUCUACAGCGUGCAGGCCGGCAGGUUCCCGGAGGCGACGUCGGCGCUGGAGAAAUCGGCCGGUGCGGUGGAGGAAUGCGAGAAUGGGUUCGGGAAGAGCAAUGUGGCGCCGCCGCUCACCGAGGAGGACGACGACACCUUCAAGCUUGCCAAGCUCGUCGCUUUAUUGCUCCACGAGGAAUCCUGAUAGAGAUAAUAAUGCUUAUAUAGCUAUUGUUUCUUAUUUUUUUCGCUUUUCAUAUAUAGUCAUAUUUCACUUGUGUCCUUUUCAAAUGGAGUAAACACAAAGAUCUGGGAAGUUAAGAUAUAUAUGGAUUUGCAAUUAAAAGAGAAAGAACAUGCAGACAAAUAGCCCCUUUCUUUUCAUUUCAUCAAAGGGUAUUGUGAACUUGUAUAGCUCACAUUGUUUGGCCGAACGUAUAUACUUCAUCAGUACUCCC